AUACAAAGAAAAAUAAGAAGGAAGAUGCGGAGAAAUCCUCGAUGGAGGGAUGCUCUGGUGAUUGCCUUUUUAGCUUCGUCUCAGUGUCUUCUGUUGGCGGUGUUCUGGUCAAUUACGUCACUCAAUAAAUUCAUCUCCCGCGCGGGCGUGCGCACAUGGGCAGUCGCCAUAAUUUCUCCAUUUACGCUGAGUGUGUGAAAAACUACUCGCAAUUUUUCACGGGGGGAACACAGGGCAAUAUUUUCCCAAGCAUCCGACACCGCUAAAACACCUCUAGACUCAGUGUCUCCGUGGGUAGUUGGUGUGAAGAAGAAUGCCCAGAGCAUCCUAAGCGGGAUGUUUUGUAGCGCAAAAAGCGUGUCGUGAGUUGUUGAGAACAUUUCCUUACUUUUUUUUCUCCAAUUUCUUCAACGCGGAAAAAAAAUUGCUCUCCUACACACAUCUUUCUGCGCGUGAAAAAUGGCUAGUUGUCUGUAAUUUCGCACAUUGGGAGCUUUGGGUUGUAGUAUGAAAAUGGCUGGGGACUUUACUGUGGGGUGCACAGCGAGGAAAAAGACAAAGUCUCGGUCAACGGAGAAACGAGGCAGUGCAGGCAAUGAAGGCCUAUCGGGGAUUCAGCAGAACACCAGCAAGAGCGGCGCCCUACGCGUCUACAAGAUUGUCAUGCUGGGCGAUGGAGGCGUUGGGAAAUCCGCCGUGACUCUCCAAUUCGUUACCAGGAGCUUCUUGGAGUUUCAUGACCCAACAAUUGAGGAUUCGUACCAGCAACAGGCAGUGAUUGAUGGUGAAGCAGCAUUGCUGGAUAUAUUGGAUACAGCUGGUCAGGUGGAAUUCACAGCGAUGCGAGAUCAGUACAUGCGCUGUGGCGAGGGCUUCAUCAUUUGCUACUCUGUGACAGAUCGGCACAGCUUCCAGGAGGCAUCUGAAUACAGGAAGCUCAUCACACGAGUACGUCUCACCGAGGACAUCCCACUGGUGUUGAUUGCCAAUAAGCUGGACCUUCAGUCACAGCGUCGUGUAACGACGGAGGAGGGCCGGCUGCUGGCAUCAGAAUUUGGGUGUCCCUUCUAUGAAACUUCAGCAGCUCUGAGGCACUACAUCGACGAUGCAUUUUACACUCUCGUACGAGAGAUUCGCAAAAAGGAAGCUCAGAGGAUGCUAAGCAAUGGCUCAAGUACGGAGAAGAUUUUCCAGAAGCGCAGUCGAUGGUGGCGAAUUAGAUCGAUCUUUGCGCUUGUCUUUCGACGACGACGGCAUCUGAACUAAAUGAGUUGAGAAUUUUGCAAAGUUUACAGGAAGACGCAUUUUUGUUGCGACUUUGGAAAAGAAAGAAAAAAGUCCACAAAAGGGAUGCUGCGCGGAGGUUCCUAAUUGGGUGAUGUAUAUUGUUGAAUUCAUGUAGUUAUUUCAUAGUUUUUUCAUCUGUGAUUAUGCAUUUCGUUUAGUAAAAAAAAGAUGGCAUUUUUGAUGUACAGAGAAUGGUAAACUUGUAUCGCAAUUUAGUCUUCCAUUAUAAUUUUCUUCAGAAGAAAAAGAAAAUCAGUAAAAUAGGAAAGAUUUUUAAUUGAGAUUUUAAUUUUAUUGAAAGUUAAUUUGUCAAUUGUUUCUUGUAUUCAAUAGGAGAAUUUAUUUAUUAUCAUGAAAUAGAUGGACACGGCAGGCCAUACAAGGUGAAAUGAAUAAAAUAAAAAUAACACAGCAAUAUAUUUCGUAGAUUAGCUUAAAGAGUAAAUGUUCGUAGCAACAGAAUAUUUCCCCCAAAUGCAUUCUUCGUGUGUUUCCUAUGAGAAAGAAAAGGGCAUUGCUUGAAUUUUUGGUACAUUUUUUAACAGAUUUAUUGAGUUUUCUUCUUUCUUUAUGAAUUUUGAUAAGAAAACAAUUAAUUCUAACAAGAAAUUAUUUCAUUUAAACCCAAAAAAAGGAUUUUCCUAAUUUUUAAUUGAUUCCAAUUAAGAUUUAUUCAAACAUAAAAAAACAUUCCCGCAUAAAGAGAAGAAUGUACCAACAUUUCAUCAUGCUCAUCUAAUGUAAUUUUUGCAAAAUGUAACGUGUUUUCAAACCCCAUUCUCCAAAUGAAAUUAAAACAAAAGAAAAUGAAGAAAAUAACAAUAAUAAAUGCUAAAGCGAAUAUAUUGAAAAAAAUGCACAUUAAAAGGGAACAAGUUAUUUUUACGGAGACUUCUGAUAAGUUUACGAGAGAAAAAAAAAUGAUAGAGCUGUCGCAUAAAGGCGUAGAGAAUGAAAAGAAAUAAAUAAAACAAAAUCAUUUAAUUACUGCCUAAAGAGAAAAUUAUUUAGAUAAUAUUAUUUCACCUUGAGACAUUAUAUUGCCACACCACGAUUGGAGUUUUCGUAGAGGACGAAAUAAAAGAAAAAAAAAGUUUAAAAUAAACUAAAAAAAAAGUAUUAUAUUGAACCAUUAGAGGAUAGUUGAAAAGGAUAUUUCUAUCAAUGUUUGUAAAAGAUAAUAAGAAAAAAAUAGAGUUCCAAAUAAAGCAAAUUUUUCCUUGUUUAACA